UCUCGGUCCUUUAAAGCCCGGGCAAUUGAUAAGAGGGGAGAAAAAUAGGCUCCAAGUCCGCUCUAAAGCAGAUGACGAGAGAACAAAGGUGAAGAAUGAUGUAAUGGCAGGACCAGCCGAAAAGCAUCUUUUGUUUGAGUUGUGAAAUGGUUACUCUAUAGCCAAAGAUGAAUCAGCUGUGAGGGGCUGCUUUGUGGCACAGGCCUUGUCUGACCGGCACAUCCACCGAGAGCCGGAGGAGGCAUUCAUCUUCGCAGGGCCCUCUCCGCAACAACAACAAAAAAUGGGUCUAAUUUUUCUCCUGCCAGUCACCACCAGCAUGACCUCAUACCCUCCGAGCACAAUGGAAUGGCUAAGCCUUUGAGUGGAUAGCCAUUACAUCACCUCCUUGAUUGCCUCCGCUGCAAAUUGGAGAGGAAGGCGGUGGCACGGGAAGGGACUCCUCCGUCGGUCAUCUCCGCCGGGAUGGCUGAUGAGAUGAGCGGUGCUCGGCUCAUGGCUGCGGAGAGACUGGUGGCGCUGCUGGAAAGCGGCACGGAGAAGCUGCUGCUGAUUGACAGCCGCCCCUUUGUGGAGUACAACACCUCGCACAUCUUGUAUGCCAUCAACAUCAACUGCUCCAAACUCAUGAAGCGGAGGCUCCAGCAGGACAAAGUGUUGAUCACCGAGCUCAUUCAGCACUCUGCCAAGCACAAGGUUGAAAUUGACAGCAAGCAAGAAGUGGUGGUAUAUGAUCAGAGCUCAAAGAAUCUGGCUUCUCUUUCUAGUGACUCUUUUCUGACUGUACUUCUGGGAAAGCUGGAGAAGAACUUCUGCUCCGUCCAUCUGCUUAUAGGUGGAUUUGCCGACUUCUCAAGCUGUUUCCCUGGCCUUUGUGAAGAAAAGUCUAUUCUGGUGCCUUCCUGCAUUUCUCAGCCCUGCUUACCAGUCUCCAACACUGGUCCAACCAGGAUUCUGCCUCAUCUGUAUCUUGGUUGUCAGAGGGACGUCCUCAACAAGGAGCUGAUGAAGCAAAAUGACAUUGGCUAUGUACUAAACGCCAGCAAUACUUGCCCCAAGCCGGAUUGUAUCCCCGACUCACACUUCUUAAGAGUCCCUGUGAACGACAGCUUCUGCGAGAAGAUUUUUCCCUGGCUGGACAAAUCUGUGGACUUCAUAGAAAAAGCAAAAGCCUCGAAUGGUCGUGUUCUGGUACACUGUUUAGCUGGAAUAUCUCGCUCUGCUACCAUUGCAAUAGCAUACAUAAUGAAGAGAAUGGAUAUGUCCUUAGAUGAGGCCUAUAGAUUUGUGAAAGAGAAGAGGCCGACCAUUUCUCCUAACUUCAACUUCCUCGGCCAGCUUCUGGACUUCGAGAAGAAAAUCAGGAAGCAGACCGGCCAAACGGGGCCCUUCAGCAAGCGGAAACUCCUGCAUUUGGAGAAAACCAGCGAGCAGGGCCUGGGUGCGGACGGCGGGCCCAGCAGCAGCCUCCUUCCCUCCCCGCAGCUGUGCGCUGCCGCCUCUAGCUUGGAGACCGUGGAGCAGAAGUCCGCGGACUCCCUCAGCCUGGCAGGCCCACCUCUGGAAGACGGCCCGCUGGUUCAGGGCAUCAUCGGACUCCGCGUGUCCUCGGACAAAGUGGAAGACAGCAACAGGCUGAAGCGGUCGUUUUCCUUGGACAUCAAAUCCGUCACCUGCGCGGCAAACAGUAACUGCCUUGCGGCCCCAGGGCAGGGAUAUUCCUCUUUGGAGGACACGUUAGAGUAUUAUAAGCAUUCGGCAGCCUUGGAAAGUAGCGCCAAGCUAUGCCAGUUCUCCCCUGUCCAGGAGGUCUCAGAGCAUACGCCGGAGAGCAGCCCGGAUAAAGAGGAAGCCAAGAUUCCCAAGGACUCUCCGAAGGCCUGGCAGCCGGAGAGCCAGAGCAAAUGGCAGCACUUAGGGCGAACCACUAGCACCACCCAGAGGUCGUACCCACUGCACCGGAGCGGCAGCAUGGAAGACAACUACAGAACGAACUUCCUCUUUGGCCUCUCCACCAGCCAGCAGCAUUUGGCCAAGUCCGCCGCCGGGCUGGGGCUGAAGGACUGGCACUCGGACAUUUUGGCCCCGCAGGCCUCGGCGUCCCUCGCCAACAGCUGGUACUUCGCCACGGACCCCUCCCGCUUCUAUUCUGCGUCUGCUUUGUACGGGGGCAGCGCGGCCUACCCCGCCUACAGCUGCAGCCAGCUGCCCACGGGCUGCGAGCAGGCCUACGCCGUGCGCAGGAGAGAAAAGCACGGCGCCCGGGGGGACUCGCGGCGGAGCUGGCACGAAGAGAGCUCUUUCGAGAAGCAGUUCAAGCGGAGGAGCUGCCAGAUGGAGUUUGGGGAAAGCAUCAGGUCGGAGAACCGGUCCCGAGAGGAGCUGGGGAAAGUGGGCAGCCAGUCUAGUUUUUCGGGCAGCAUGGAGAUCAUAGAGGUAUCCUGAGCCAUCCCACGACGGUGUGACU